AUGGAUACCGAAGCAUCGCCGGAUGGGAUAGCUGUUGGUGCUUCUUACAGCAGGAGUCGUCGCAGGGGAAGACGACACCAUGCGGGCAAGAGAGAAGUCGGAGGAACCGGACAGGCAAGUUGGAUCAGCAGCGUUAUCAAUCUGCUGAAUACGAUUAUCGGUGCCGGUGCUCUGGCAAUGCCAAAUGCCCUCGCGCGCAUGGGAAUCACACUCGGUGUCAUUAUUAUCCUAUGGUCUGGAAUCGCGGCUGGUUUCGGCCUGUACCUGCAGUCUCUAUGUGCACAGUAUCUGGACAGAGGGUCCGCAUCCUUCUUUGCGCUCUCUCAGUUAACCUAUCCGAAUGCUGCGGUAAUUUUUGAUGCCGCAAUCGCUAUAAAAUGCUUUGGUGUUGGUGUAAGUUACCUGAUUAUCAUCGGCGAUCUCAUGCCUGGAGUUGUCGAGGGCUUCGGUGCGAAUUAUGCUGGAAUGGACUUUUUACUUGAUCGUCACUUUUGGGUUACAGCGUUUAUGUUGGUUGUUAUUCCGCUUUCAUUCCUAAGACGUCUGGAUUCAUUGAAAUAUACAAGCGUUAUUGCUUUGACAUCUAUUGGCUACCUUUUGGUGUUGGUUGUGGCCCACUUUAUCAAGGGAGACACGAUGCAUGAGCGAGGCGCUAUAAACUACUUCAAAUGGCAGAGCGGAGUGUCAGCGCUAAGCGCAUUUCCCGUCAUGGUGUUUGCGUACACCUGUCAUCAAAAUAUGUUCUCAAUCCUGAACGAAAUCUCCAAUAGCUCUCACUUCAGGACCACAGUCGUGAUCUUCGUUAGCAUUGGCAGCGCGGCCAUGACGUAUGUUCUCAUCGCAAUCACGGGAUAUCUAUCAUUCGGGAACAACGUUGGAGGUAACAUUGUCGGGAUGUACUUGCCAUCAUUGUCAUCAACAAUAGCGCGGGCGGCCAUCGUGGUCCUCGUGAUGUUUUCCUAUCCUCUUCAGGUUCAUCCUUGCAGAGCAUCGCUAGACGCCGUUUUAAAAUGGUGCUUGAACCCUAAAGCGCCAACCACCGUUGCCAACGUCUCACCAAAUCGCAACCCUCUCCUUCCAAGACCAAAUAGAGCCCAUGAUCCCAUGGGAGAUGCCCGCUUCGCAAUUCUCACCACCAUCAUCCUUGUUUUGAGCUUCGUCGUCGCCAUGACCGUGUCAUCCCUCGAGUCCGUGCUAGCCUAUGUUGGAAGCACUGGUAGCACCAGCAUCAGCUUCAUCCUACCUGGCUUGUUCUACUACAAGAUCUCCUCCCCUGAAUCUGCCAUACACCAGCAAUUAAUGAAAGAAGACGACGAGGCAGAGGACGACGUAUCUGAUAAUGGUGCGGAAAACGAAGGCCUUCUCAGCGCCAGUGGUUUACUGUCGGCUAGCGGGAUCUUAGGACUCAACAAUCGUCAAUGGCGAAAGGCUCUGUUGCGCAAGCUGAGUCUAAGCCUUGCUAUAUACGGAGUUGUUGUGAUGAUUGUUUGCCUUAUUACCAAUACCUUCUUCCUCGCCUCUCACCAAUAA